GAGGGCCUCAAGUCCGCCAACGAGGCCUUGCGAAUCAGCGAGGACGACCAAGAUCGACGCGGUCAGGCUGCGGCUCUGGUGACCAUUGGAGAGAUCUACUCCAUGAACGGAAAGAAGGAGGAGGCGAAGAAGUUCGCCUACAAGUCCCUGGACAUCGCCCAGAAGCUGAAAGAUCCCCAGAGCGAGGAUGCAGCCUUGCAGUUGCUGGAGCACAUCGAAGGAAAAGGCAAGGGCAAGCAGGACGACUACGUGCAGGACACAGGGCCGGUGGCUGCAGGCGAUGCUGCGGCUGCCAGCAAGGUAGAGAGCGAACUUGGCCCCUACAAGGGACCGACUGCCGACACCCUCAUCCCUCGCAUCAACGACCUGGCGAUGCAGUUGGUACAGGUCGACGAGCUUCAUCAGGACGCCCCGCUCAUGGAUGCUGGUUUAGACAGCUUGUCCAUGGUGCAGUUCAGGAACGCCCUGCAGCAGCAGUUCCCUGGUGUCCCCAUGCCUGCGUCGCUCAUUUUUGACAAUCCGUCAGUGCGCGCAGUCAGUCUUAACAUCUACGAGGAGCUCAAGUCUGCACACGAAGCGGGACGACCGCUUGUCUGA